AGUGCCGCUGAGUAAAUGGCGGGGGCGUGACUCCGGACGGUUCCGCGUGUUGUUACCUGAGAAACGUGAAAAAGUUGGGCCCAGGCCCUGCUGCGAGCGCUGCCGAAAUUGUUUUAUUGUUUCCUGAGCGAGCCACCAGCUUGUUAGUGAGCCUAGAACGUGAACUCUGUUCGAACUCGGGCGCGGCUCAAUGGAGGUAGUGGAGGACGCAGCUGCUCAGCUGGAGACUCUGAAAUUCCAUGGCACCGGCAUGGGGGUUGAGGAAGGUCCGGCGGCGCAGUCUCCGGACUCUGCUCCUGCUCCAGAGCCACCGCCGCCACUGCAGCCGAGUGAGGGGUCUCUGGACGGCGGACCCACCGCGGAGGCCCAGCCGGCCGAAGAGCACCCACUUCAGCUCCCGUUGAAUCCCGCCUCCGACGGGAACCCGGCGCAACAGCCGCGGCAUGAGCGACUGUCCGGCGGGAACUGCGUAACGUCCCCGGGCGCGGCGAAUCCGGCACCGAUCCCCGAUUCUUUGGCGACUUCGGACUCGGACUCGGAUUCAGACAGUGAAACAGAUUCAGAUAGUUCAAGCUCCUCUUCCUCAUCAUCUUGCACCUCAUCUACCUCUUCUUCUCAUAUAUCGCUUCCUCCAGUGCUGUCAGAUGGAGAAGAUGAUUUACAGGUUGAGAAGGACAAUAAGAAUUUUCCUCUUAAAACAAAAGAUGAGCUACUUCUUAAUGAACUACCUUCUGUUGAAGAAAUCGUUAUUAUUCUGCCAGAAGAUAUUGAAUUAAAGCCUCUUGGGAUGGUUUCAAGUAUUAUAGAACAAUUAGUGAUAAUUGAAUCUAUGACUAACAUACCUCCAGUUAAUGAGGAGACUGUAAUUUUUAAAAGUGAUCGACAAGCAGCAGGAAAGAUAUUUGAGAUAUUUGGACCUGUUGCUCAUCCAUUUUAUGUGUUACGGUUUAAUUCUUCAGAUCACAUUGAAAGUAAAGGUAUUAAAAUUAAGGAUACUAUGUAUUUUGCUCCAUCAAUGAAAGACUUCACCCAAUACAUAUUCACAGAAAAACUUAAACAAGAUAGGGGAUCAGAUGCAUCGUGGAAGAAUGAUCAGGAACCACCACCAGAAGCCUUAGAUUUCAGCGAUGAUGAAAAAGAAAAAGAGGCCAAACAGAGAAAAAAAUCUCAGAUUCAAGGCCGGAAGAAACUCAAGUCUGAAUUUAAUGAGCCAGGUGGAGAUUUUGCAGAACUGCAUCAGAAUUGGAAUGCUCAUAACUCUACCUCAGACUACUCAAAAGGAUACUGCAACAGAGAAUUCACACGAGGAUUUUCCAGGGGUGGAUACCCUAGACCUUUCCAUGGAAGACCCCCACGUCAGCAGUUUUAUAACUCAGAACAUGUGGUAUCUCAGGAGACUUCUGGGUUUCCACCUCAAAGACAAGACAGUCCUGUUAUGCCUCAGUAUCCCUUUCCUCCUCCAGUAUUUGACAUGCAUAGUUUUUCACUUCCUCCACCACCUCCACCUCCGCCCCCAUCUGUAAAUAUGGGUUGGGCUGCACCUCAUGGUGCACUUAUGGCACCUCAUCCAUUACUUAAUUUACCAUACGCUCUCCCCCCACCCCCACCCCCUCCCCCUCCCCCCCCUUCCUGCCCCACCCUCUUCUGAGAUGAUAAUACUCCUUUGGAUCUUAUUAUUAGGUGAAUGUAUGCAUUUCCAGAGAAAUGUGGACUUUUUCAAAUUAUAUGUUACGGUAAGGGAUUUUUUUUCUUUUUAAAAGAAAGAGAUUAUGGAGCUAGGUUUUUAAAACACUAUAAAAUACUAAAUAAUUAUUCCUUUGGUUGUACGUUGAUAUAUAUAUAUAUAUAUACUUGUAACCUUUGUAAAAUUGUAUCUGUUUGAAAAUUUCAGCCUAAAUUGAUGGGGAAAAAUCCAAUUAUGUAAUAUUUAAAUAAAAUUUUGAAUCAAAGCCUCCCUCCAUCUCCCCACCCCUGCCUAAUUAAAAGAAAGAAAUCUAAAUAUAUCCAUGUGUGAUUGUAUCCAAUAAUAGAUCUGGAGCAACUUUCAUUAUGGAUUAAAAUAUACCAAACACACUGAUUGUCUUGAUAUAUCUGAAAAAAAGAUUUGAAGUCCUUUUUGAGCGUCUUUUAAAAUAAACUAUUUUUAUAUAUUUAUACUUGGGAAAUUGACUUUAAUUGUAAGUCCAAUUUACCGGUACAUUUAAAUGUCCCUAAUUUCUGUUUUUUUAGGCAAGUAAUAAGUUCAGAGGAGGAAAGCCUUACAUAUUUGCAGAGGCUAUGACAACAAAGUUAAUGUUCAUUAAUUAUACAUAGGAAGGCUGUGUGAAUUUCCAUUAUUUGAGCACUAUUUGGUAUGUUUUGUGAUUUAACGACUUAAAGGGAAACAAGGGUAUUCAUACACACAGAACACAAAAUGUAUUUAGGGACUCGGUAUCCCAUCUUUGUUUCCUGUAUGCUCAUAUACCUGGCACAGACUAAAGUGCUUUAUAAAUAUUUAUUGAGUGACUGAGUUUAGAGUUCCUAACUGAUCAGUGAAUGUUACUUUUUAUUGUGAAGUGUAAAUGUAAGGAGAAAUUAUGGAAUUUUAGAAGUAAAAAAGACCUUAGAAGUAGCCUAAAUUAGUUUUAUAAACAUGGAGCCUAACUAAGAUUUCCAAAGAGGUUAAGUAACUUGAGAUCAUUCAGCUAGUGAGAUUGCAGGGAGCUGAACCUAGUUUUGAUUGCUAGAUCAGCAUUUUGCAUUAAACUGGUGCUUCCCAAACUUUUUCAGUUCUUGACACUCUUAGAAGUAAUGUUCAUAUAGCAAAUUGGGGUAAUCUGGAAGGCCACUUGUCACAAGUCCAUGAUCCCUGGGGCCUCUGGUUGCAGCCAGGACUCGUCCUUUCCGUUGGACCAAAGAGAUUAUUAGAUUUCUGGUGGACAUAUGCCCCUGGUAUACUUUGACUCUAUCAUUUGUUUACUUCAGAACUUUCUUAUUCUUUCUUCAGAUGUUUUUGUAGCACUUCUUUAGGAGUUGCCUUCAUAGAUUGUACCAUGGUCUUUUUUAAUAUGCCUAGUUGUGGCAGAUAUUUUACUUUAUAUUGGGAGGUUUAACUUUUGGAAAUAACCAUUUCUGGUGAAUAAGAUUAAGUACGCUGACUUUUGCUCCAAAGCAAGGUGUGGCUAUAAAAGAAAAAAAAGAUGUGAUUUACUAGUGCUCAAGGCAGUAGCAAAAAGGAGAUUAUAAAAAUAUUUUGAAAUGCUGUGGAACUGUUCUGCUGUCAUUUAAGUAGAUUCAGCAAAAGCCAUGAAGUUUACUUGGAACAAAAACAAUAUGCACACAAGUCAUACAUAGUACGUAAAGUCACUUUAAUUAGGCAUGAGUAACUUGUUGUUACCAACCCACUAAUACUGCUUUACAUAUAUAAUAAUAUAAGUUGUUGAUACUUGCUGCUUUAAAUAUGUAAUAUAGUAAGAUUAUAGUAUGAAAAAUUUCAUGGUUGAGCUUUAAGUAUGAUUCUCAAAAAUAUUUCUUGGACAUCCCAAAAUAUAUAAUAGAGUAAUAAAGUUUAAAAGCCAGUUUUAUACAUGUAUUUUUUGCCAUCCAAAUAUGUUUUUUUGUCUGAAUUUAGAUAGCAGAGGAUACUGUAUAUUCAGUCUGUUUGGUUCCUGAGUCUCAAAAAAAUUAGUGAGUCCAGAAAGGAAGGAAUGAGAUACAUUUCCCAGCCCUUUCUGCAGCUAGUUGUGAUCAUGAGGCUAGAUUUAGGCCACCAAAUGAGGGUGGAAGUGUGUGCCAGUUCAGAAGACAAGGCUAUUUGCAUAGUGUCUCCUGCCCUCCUUGAGGCCUGAAUGUGGAAGUAACACCUAGCUAGCACCAUGCAAUUGAGGAAUAUCUAAACCAUAAAAUGUAAAGAACUGGGUCCUUAGGUUGGAAUUGAUUUACUCUAAAGGAAGUUCAUGUCAAUAACAAGUAAUACCAGUGCAAAGUUAUUUUGUAGAAGAUGAUGCUAUACUCUUUUUUUUGUUUGUUUGUUUCACAUUGUACAACCCCCUUCAGUGCUCACAGCCCAUGGGUAUUGAGGCUGGGCAAUGGUUUGAGGCUAGUUUAUUCUGGCAUGGGUACACUAUGAUGCUAUACUCUUAAUAAAUGAGUAAAGGUACAGUGAAAUAAACUUGAAGCUUUAAUAGUUUAAAUUAUGAUUAAAAGCAUUCUUACAAGCUGUUCUUUAAUACAGUAUUUACAGGAAAUGGAAAUUUUGAAAAUGAGGUUUUUGUUUGAAAUGCCUCUUGGUCAGCUAGUUGGAGCUGUCUGUAACCGACAAAAAUAGAAAUAGGAAUCACAGUGAAUUACUAUUAGCCCUCUGGCUUUCAUCAUCACCUCUACAGCUUUAUUGCCAGAACAAGUUUUUAAAAUUACCCAAUGAUGUCUAUAUACAGUGGAAAAGAUAGUACCUUAGAAGACAGGACUAGCUGUUUCCCGCUAACCCACAAUGACUAUAAGACAUCUGGCUUGCAUCUUAUUUGAAGUCUACAGUGCAAAUGACAGUGCUACUUUUUAUGCUUGGUAGAAUUUUAUAAGAGUCAAAUGGAAUUAUAACUAAAAGCACUAAAACCUCCUUUUCUACAAGAAUGAGAAGAAUAAGAUGUUGCCACCCAGUUACAGUAAAUCAUCAAGCCAUUAUAAUCAUGAUGGCACUAAAAUUCUUACAACCUCUUUACUUUAGGUACUGGUAUCUAGCAUGGAUGUUUAAUAUUGAGCUGAAUGAAUCCAUUUGAGCUCUACUUUGAAUUAAGUUGGUGCCUCAACCACCUAGGUCCAAUUUGCCUUCCUCCCUAUACUUAAUUUGCAGUGCCCAGAAAUCACCUCAGUUAGCUUGUUUAAAAUACACAUUCAUCCCCAUAUUCAAAUUCAGUAUAUCUGAGAUGAAAUCUAGGAUUUUAAUAGGCACUCCAGGUGAUUAAUUUCAGGGUUUAUUUUUAGUUUGCAUGUAUUUCAGGGUAAAUACACUGCUACAACUUCUUGGCCUUUCACUGUGGUUUCAGGAAGUUCUCUUUGGGGUAGGGUGAGGAUAUGGGGAAGAAAAGAGGAAGAAAACUGUAGCUACUAAAAUGGCAUCCUUGGCAUUUCACUUGAUUCUCAGAAGUGUGCUUUGCCAACCAAGUCCAUCUCUGGGAUUUUAAGAGAAGGAAGAACCUGUAUCUUUCACUUGGAAGAGAGAAAUACAACAAUUUUUGUACUCCUCAGACUUAAAGUGUAGCCCUGCAUCUUGAAACUACUAAAAGUGAAGAACACAUUAUUUUCUACUCAUGCAAAUACUUACUUCAAACAGAAUUUUAUAUUGGCCUUUACUAUAAUAAAAUAAUGAUUAAAUAUGGAUAUUACCUUUAGAUGUUUACAGUCUAAAAUUGCUAAGAUAAUGCAUUUUGUUUUAGUGAGAUGAAUAACUCCUCUUUUACAGAAAAGUUAGUGAGGCCAAUAGUAAUUGAGUGAUUUGACCAUUUACUACUGUGUAUCUUAAUGAUUAAUAGUACUAAUGGAACAUAGGGAGGAUGUAAGUAAUAAGCAUUGACCGUGUGCCUGUGUGCAAAAGUCUCCAUUGUUUUUUAAGAAGUCAGAAAAUAGCAUGCUUUUGCUUCUUUCCCUCCCACAUUCUGAUUUGCCAUUCUCGCCUCCAUUUUAUAUUAUUUUUCUUUCUUACAACUGGUGGUAACCAAAUACAUAAAAUAAAUUCAGGCCAUUUGAUAAAUAAGAUGAGAAUAUUCUGAGUUCCAGGCUACUGAAAUGUUAAGCUUUUUAAUAAAUAAAGGGAAGUGGUAUUUAAAAUCCCAGGUGCUAAAAUAUUUUUAAGCUCAAAGUUUCUUAGGAUAACUAUGAUUGAGGAGAAGAUAGAAACUCAAACAUAAUAUGUCAUUUAUAUAUAUAUUCUAUUUCAAUAAUGUUUGGCAUUUGCAUUCAGCUUUAUAAAUUUAGAUUAAAAAAUUUAAGACAAGUCUGUUAAAUUGGCUUCAAUGGUUUCUACUUAGUUCUUUUACACAGCUUCCCAUUAUUGAGUUAUUUUGAUUUUAAGUCAGCAAAAGUACAUCUUCAAACAGUUUUAAAAAUGAAGAUUAUAGAAGUUGUAUGUUUUGUAGGACCUUGAUUAUCACUGUCUAUCUUACUGUGAAGAUACAAAAUUAAAAGUUGCCUAGGAACAAUUAACAGCAAAAUCAGGAUUACUGAAAAUCACAAAAAAAAUUUGAAAAUAACUGAAUAAAGUUUCUGAGAUUGAAGAAGGGGAAAAAUGAUAAAAGCAUGAAAAAUAGGACAGAAAAAAGGGUAAGAGAUCUCAUAAAUAAAAGUAUAUAAGUGCAGACUGAAAGGGCUUACUUUGUAGCAUGCAAAAUUAAGAAAAAGACACAAAUUCAGACUGUUGACAUUCUAAAAUGUAAAUAUAAAGAAAACAAUAUACCUCCAAGAAACCAAAAAAAGCUAUUUCAGUAUCAGACUGGCCUCAAGCAGCUCUGUGAGACAAAAGACCUAAGACAAUGAAACAGCACCAACAUAAAUUUUUAGGAAGAAUUGUGCAACUUAAUUUAGGCAAGUUUCCUUCCAAAAGGAAGAAAAUUAUAUAGGUCACAUUCUCUUUGAUCAUGAAAUAAAUUUAUAAAUUAGCAAUGAUUAAAGCAACAAUAGCAAAACAAUCCUCAUUUAGAAAUUAGAAAUUAAUUUUAAAAUUCCUUCCAACUAACCAAUGGGUCUAAGAAGAAAUGAAACAUUACAAUUCCUUGAUAACUGGGGAAUGGGGGAGAGGGAGUGAGGCAAUAGUUAUGCUUCAUCAGAUAUAAAAUCAUCAGCCAGUAGUAAAUUGAGAGAAUUCAUUUCCAUAAGGGUUAUUAGUUUUCUAAAAAGUAAUGAAAUAAAGGGCAGUUAGAUAAAGAAUAAUAAAGCAUAGGGGAAGGAAAUGAAGUGAAAGCAGAGAGUAAUAAAUUAGGAAAAAAACCCAGUAGAUAAAGAGUAGGAGCUUGUUCUGUAGAGAAAAGCCAAUCCUCUCUUCAAGUCUAUUAUCUGAAAACAUAAGGAAACAUAAAUAGACAUAAAGUAGGAAAAGGUGCUG